AUGGUGAAAAAAAAGAGACAGAGCGAUCCGACCGAGAACGGUGAUGAAUCGACUGAAUCCUGCGACGAGACUGUAAAAUCCAUUUGUCCUCACGUUGCGAAGGCCGUCGAUCUUGCCAAGUUGAAGAGAGCUCUAAAAACGAAUGGUUUCGAGAAGGAAUGUGCUGAGUGUAAGAAAAAUCCUAAAACUGAGGCUGAUGACCCAAAUUUUGAGAUAGAUUUAACCUUGUGGAUAUGUUUGCGAUGUGGAACCCAAUUAUGCGGCCGAGCGCGUAAUAAACAUGCUCUUAACCAUUUCAACACACCGCACUCAGACUGCCAUGCUCUUACGGCCAACACAACUUCAUGGGAGGUUUACUGUUACAAUUGUAAUAAUGAAGUUACAGCGUCUACCUCUAAAAAGCUACAUGAAUGUAUUGAGUACCUUAAGAAACAGGCUAAUGGCAAUCCUAGAUUACCUCCGAUUGAAUUGUUCCUAGAUCCCCCAAAUAAGAACAUGGAUGUCCCCGUGACUGUAGAGAAUAUAAUUAAAACUGAUAAGGGCAAAGAGAAAACAGCUUCUAUGAAUUUGACUAGAGUUAGAGGCCUAUCAAAUCUAGGAAACACCUGUUUCUUUAACUCUGUAAUGCAAUGUUUAGUGCAGACACCAUAUUUGUUAGAUGUCCUGCAAGAAAUGUCCAUACCAGGUGAAAGAUUUACUCUACCUGGUGGAAAGCUCAAAUUAAAAGGAGAAAACGGUGAAGAUGGAAAAGAGGUUGACCUUCCUCCCAUCACUGGACAACUUGGAGAGUGGGGUACAUUAACAAAGACAUUAGCUGAAACCCUUGCUGAGUUACAGUCAGGAGAAGGUGGUGUGUAUACUCCUCGUAGACUUCUGUCUGCUCUAGUCAACAAAUUGCCACAAUUUGGUGGUGGGGAUCAACAUGACUCUCAUGAAUUGUUGCGACAUUUACUGGAAGCAGUGAGAUCAGAGGACCUUCGUCGUUACCAAUCAGUUAUUUUAAGUAGUCUUGGCAUUAACUCUAAAGUAGACCCGGCUAAAGUAGAUGGCGAGGUAAAACAGAAAGUUAAAUUCUAUGGGCAGCAGGCAUCUGAUACUAUGUUGAGACCUGAACAGGUUUUCCGAGGUUUCCUAGUGUCUACCCUUGAGUGUCAGGACUGUUACCAACAGUCAGAUCGAGCAGAAUAUUUUCUUGAUUUAUCUUUACCAGUAGCUACCUCAAGGCCUCAACCACCAGCAUUAACGAGGAGAAGAACUAAUGAUGAAAAUAUAUGUAUUCAGCAAGAUGAAUCCAAACUAUCAAAACAUCAGCUCAAAAAAAAGGCAAAAAAGGGACCUAGGAAGAAUAAAGGUACUAAGGACAAAGCUACAGAAGCAAAUGGCAAGGAAGAUGGUAAGUCAUCUUCUGAACAAUCAGAUGCAGACAUAGAGGACAACCUUGAGGAACUCCCCAAAAAUGGAGCUGGAAAGGCACCUACAAAUGCGUCUGCUCUUGUUCACACUGCAGCAAAUUUUGCUGCAUAUCACAUGGAGUCAGGCUAUAACUCUGAAAAGGUAAUUAGCUCAGAUUCAAUAGGGAAUAGCCCAGCUGAACUUGAUAAGGAAAAAACUGACAAUACCCCUGAGUCAACUGAUAAGGAUAAAGAAUUUACUCAAGUGGCUACCUCUACUGGACCACUUGAUUACAAACCUUUGGGACCAAUAGAGAACUUUUCGAAUCCAGAUUCAGGUGUUGCAAGCCCAGAUGCAACCAAGCACAAUUCAACAGAGACCGUUGAUAAUGUAGACUCACCCAUAAAUGGAAAGGAAUUAGGAAGCCAUAGUUCUUUAUCCAGUGAAAUCAAUUUGGAUUUAUCAAGCCCAUUACACAAAUUAUCACCUGGCAAGAAUGAAUAUGAAAGACCAGUCUCCAGAAUUUCGUUUGCACCGGAAUAUUCAAAUGAGGUUGUUUCUCGUGGCAUAAGUACUCAGGCUGGCAAGGACCUCUUGGAGAACAACUGGGAGUUUAAUUCCAUUAGUCCUCCAGAGAAUGACAUUAAUAACCAAGAUGUCGCUAACAAGUUAGAAAAACUGAAACUAGACAUGGAUGAAAUAAAACCGAAGCCAACAUUACCGUCCCCUGUUACGGAUCAUAUCGACGUUCUUCCGACAGCGCCUCGGCCGAAGGUCUAUAAUUUGGAGCCAGAGCGAAAUUUGGGUGGUGCUAGCCGCGAUUUCAUGCAAUUUUCCCGUCAGAGCCCUUUGUCACCGCGAUACGUUUGCGACGAAGACGAGUGUAGCGUUCAAUCCUGCCUCAGCAACUUCACAGCUCUCGAGUUACUGACUGACAACAACAAAGUCAGUUGUGAUACGUGCACUGAAAGAGUUAACGGAAAGAAUGGCAAAAUGGUGUACACCAACGCGUCGAAGCGGUUCCUCGUGUCGAGUCCCCCGGCUAUCCUCAUCUUGCACUUAAAGAGAUUUCAAAUCGGUCCGCGGUGCAUGUUUAGAAAAAUGUCGAAACACGUCGACUUCCCGACUAUACUAGAUCUAGCUCCUUUCUGCGCUAUGGAUAAAUUAAAAAAGCUUCCGAACGUCAGUCGAGGUCAAAACGAAUUGCUCUAUUCGUUAUAUGGAAUCGUCGAGCAUUCGGGGGGCAUGCACGGAGGGCAUUACGUCGCCUAUGUAAAGGUGCGUCAGGCGGUCAAAAGAGACGAUCCGAGGUGGUGGUUUUUGCCUAAAAGCGCAAAUAUACCCGCAUCAGGAAGCGGGGACGGCGACGUCGAUUCGGAGUCCGAUCUAUCGGGAUACGAGUCCGGCGAGGGGACCACACCGAGCGCAGAAGCGCCGUCCGGACGGUGGUUUUACGUCUCCGACAGUAUGGUGUCCGAAGUUUCCGAGGAGAAAGUAUUAAGGGCGCAAGCGUAUCUGCUAUUUUACGAAAGAAUUUUGUAA